UAGUUCCCACAGUCACCUUUUUCAUGGAAUCGACCUAAGAACCUGGAACGAUUGAUUGGCAGCACGGAAAGAGACAAUGGCUUUUGUGGUGCUGAUCAGGCGGCAUCUCUGUAGAUCUUGAGGCCGCGCCGUGAGGGCAGAGAGCUCCUCGUAAAACCCUCGACCGAUUGCCCUCUCGUCUGUUGUGUUCUCUUCGAUCAUUCUUCUUCUGCAUUUUACGGGUGAGUUUCGACGAAGCUUUGACGAAUCGUGCAUAUUCUUGUGUUUGUGUUCAUGUUGCUGGUUCGGAUUUUUCAUCUAAUGUGGUUGUAUGUCAUGAUCUAAUGUUUGGUCUCUCUUGCUUUCUGUUGUUGUUUGAGUUUGAAGACCACGAUUUGGACAGCUACCCCAAAUGGGGUAAAUGUUCUAAGCACAUUACCUAAUCACUGUGAGAGUCCACUAUUUCUCUCUCUGUUUUGGUUUUCUUUCUGUUGUCAUUUGGACAGCUACCCCAAAUGUGGUAAAUGUUCUGAGCACAUUACCGAAUCACUGCGAGAGACCACGACGAACGACGGCGACGACGUUCUGAGCACAUUACCUGUUCUGUUGUCGGGCGACGACGUCUUCCUCUCCGUCGGCGAACGGCGGCAUCUUCCUUCGGCGAGAGGCUUCCGUGCGAUCUCCGGCGGGCUGUUAUUCGGGCACCUCGGUGCACUUGGGCGAUCGCUAGCAACUCAGGUGUUUUGGCACCUUGGCACCAAUUAGUUCCUAGCAUCUUUGACUACACUUGACUACACUGGUAAUAUUAUGUCUUGACCAUUGAGCUAUAACGGUGCUAAUUCAGAACUGUUCUCAUUACUGAUUUCGUUCUUUUAGAAUCAUUGUUCAUUAGUGUGAAUUGGACCACCCAUUUAAUAGGAACAAUUUGACAGUAAAAGUGCAUGUUAAUUGUUUGCUUUGUUAGCAAAGUGAAAAACCUUUCUAAAUGGUCAACACUUCCAAUUAUAUUGGAAUAAAUUUUAGAAUGUUUAUAAAACAGUCUAAGUUUCCAUUCUUUAACUGGUUGUGUCUUUGAUCCUGGUAUUAUCAUUUACUUCAACAAGUUUUAGAUUGUAAAACCUUUUUCCCCUAGUGGUUAGUGUCUAAAAUAACUGGAUCUAUCUUAUCAUCUAUUUAAUCUUGCACUACACAUCAAAAGUUAUACUUGAUCCAUUGGAUAAUUAUUAUGCCUUAGGUCAUGUUUUUAUUCUCAAAUUGGCUCACUAGAGAAUCACAAUGUAGAUUUGUUAAUCUAUAUAAACUUGAUAUGCUGUCUUAUCUAUACCAUGGUGCGACUGUAAUAAUAUGUUCCAGAGUAUCUGUAUCCAAUAUAUGGCAUAUCAAAUGAACUAAAUUUAAGAAACUUAGCAAAUUUUAUGCUGUGUGAUUAUGCAAAUUGAAUGCUAUCUAGUAACAGAAAUAUAUAUUGAGAUGUAUGCAAGGGCAAUCAGUGAGAGAAACUAUAGGGGGUGUUGGUAAUUAAUUAGUCAAUGAAACAUAUACCAGCUGCAGCAAUUUAAUUUUCAAAAUAUAGAAAUCUGCAGAAAUUUUCCUUUUUUUACUUUUCACAAAAUUAUCAAUACAUAUAGACGGACACGUACUUAUAUGGUCAAGAUAUAUUAAUUUGAAUGUGGCCAGAAUCAAUUUUUUUAGGCAACAUGUAGGACAUGCAUGAAACCACAAUUACAUCUUCAUGUAUAUACCAAUUUGAAUCUAGCCUAGAAUCAUUUUUUACAACAUGUGGGACAUGCAUCAUACCACAAUUGCAGCUUUGUGACAUGCCUUUAGCAAUAGUUCCUCUCUGAUAUUGAUUGUUCUGACUCAACCUGAUAACCUACUAACCCAAGCCACUUUUAUUGUCCUUAUGAUUGUGCCUGUGGUCUCUGGCCAUUCUUUUGAAAUACAUUUGAACUUGAAUGUGAAAUGUUUUCUGAAGCCGGGACUCAGAAUAUGAGAUACUUAUAUUUUUUUUGGAAGUCAAAUGAGUUAAUCAUAUUAUUUUUGGUUUGAACUAAUAUGCUUGUAAUUUUUUAGUUGAGUGACCUUCAGAUUUCUGAAUUAACUGCAUGUCUCACAUAUUUAUGUAAUUUAUGUACACUUCUUUUCUUGUUCUUGGUUACUAAUGGUUAAAAAAAAAAAACUUUCUAACAUCUUAAAGCACACUACUUUUUAGAGAUAUGCAUUUUCAAGGACACAAGAGGAGGAAAAUUAACAAUGAGGAUAGCAACGAUAAUUGCAUAUCAAAUUUGAAAACUCCACCUCUUAACCAUGGAAAGAUUGGAGGCUCUUCUAAGGUUAUUGACUACUCAAAUGAUUUUGCUUUAACCAAUCUUCUGGAAAGGUUAGAAGAUGGUAAGUAUGGGAGUGUAACCAAAGAAUAUGAAGCUCUUCAUUCUCAGAGGAUGCAGGUAAUCAAUUUUUUAUCUGCGUUACAGCCAAGUAUAGCAUCUAGAACUUUUCAGGGUGGUGGAAGCACUUCUGCUAAUUUAUCAACAAGGCAGAAUCAGAUGAAGUCAGGUCAACAUGGUGAUAACUUAUCUCAUGAUAUAAUCGAUCUGGAAGUUGAUACCAUGGAAGGUGCUGCUAACCCUGUCAGAAUACCUGUAGAACAGACACAGGAUGCUGUUGGGAAUAUCUCACUACAUUCCAGUGAUUUUGAGUCUGUAACGCGGAAGGGAAAGUCAGAUGCUGCACAUGGCCCAUUGAAUACACCCCCAGUAGAUGAAGACAACAAAGAGGAAACCACAGUCAUAAUUGUAGAUUCAGACGAAGAAGAUGCAAGCCAUCAAGGCAAAACAAAAUAUGAUUGCCACCCUGAUCAUGAGGUCUUGGAAUUUGGAGCAUCACUGGCAAGUCAAAUCCAGAAGCACAUAUCACGAGCCAGCAAGUUAGCACAAGAAGUUAACUUGUAUCAACUAGUUCCAUAUGACCAAGGAAUUGGAAGAUCAGUUUGUGCUACUAAUUUUAAACCAAACUGGCAGCCUUCUGUUCAUUUUGAAAAGGUGGUCUUACAGACAGUCGAUGAGAAGCAGCGGUUUCAAGAUGUUGUUGAUGAAAAGAAUAUGGAAAUGAGAUGUGAGAGACAAGCUGCUGAAGCUCCUAAUGUAGUAAAGACUCUGGAUUCUAAUGCUGAAAUGAAUAAAGAGAAGGAAUGUGAUGGCAAUCCAAAAUUUGUUUCCUCGAUGGCAAUCGAAGAUAUCUCAUCAGGCAUGGGAAGCCUUUAUGAAGUUGACAAAGUAUCAUCACAAAGUGAUGGUCUGGAAGAUCUUUGGAAAGACAUGUCAUUAGCAAUGGAAUAUUCAAAGAUUGAUACAUCAGAUGAUCAAGCACUUGUGCAACAAGAAGAAGAAUGUAACCAUUCGUACUUGCUCCAAGAUGACUUUGGCCUUGUUUGUCGUAUUUGUGGAGUUAUUCAGAAGAGGAUAGAUACAAUAUUUGAUUUCCAGUGGACGAAGGGCUCACGUGCAACAAGGACAUACUUGACUGGGCCAGGGAACUCUAAGGAUCUAGUGGCUCACUACUCUGGCCUUGAAGUUUCAGAGGAUGAUUUUAUUGUUGCCGAAUUAUCUAUUCAUCCAAGGCAUCUGAAGCAAAUGAAGCCGCAUCAGCUAGAAGGCUUCAAUUUCUUGGUUAAGAACUUGGUUACAGAUAAACCAGGAGGAUGUAUUUUGGCUCAUGCGCCGGGGUCUGGGAAAACCUUCAUGCUUAUAAGCUUCAUCCAGAGUUUCUUGGCUAAGUAUCCAUUGAAGAAGCCUUUGGUUAUCCUUCCUAAGGGUAUUUUGCCUACAUGGAAGAAAGAGUUCCAACGGUGGCAGGUUGAGGAUUUACCCAUCUAUGAUUUCUACUCCUCUAAAGCUGAUAACAGAUCUCAGCAAUUGGAAGUGUUAAAGCUUUGGCAAGAGAAUAAAAGCAUUCUUUUUUUGGGUUAUAAACAAUUUACGAAUAUCAUUUAUGAUAAAGAAAACAGCAAGGUCUCUGCUGCAUGUCGGGAAAUGCUGCUGAAAAUCCCCAGCCUUCUGAUAUUGGAUGAAGGCCACACUCCAAGAAAUGAGGACACAUUCGUGCUUGAUUCACUUGCAAAGGUGCAGACUCCUCGAAAAGUAGUACUUUCAGGAACCCUAUUUCAGAAUCAUGUUAGGGAGGUCUUCAAUAUUUUGAAUCUUGUGCGCCCUAAGUUUUUGAGGAUGGAGACUUCCCGAGUCAUUGUCAAGCGAGUCCUAAGUAGAAUAUAUAUAUCAGGAGGUAGAAAGCUCUCUAAGAGUAGUGUGGACAACGCUUUCUAUGAUUUGGUUGAGGAAACACUGCAGCAUGAUGAGAAUUUCAAAAGAAAAGUUACUGUUAUACGAGACCUUCGAGAAUUAACCAAGGACGUUCUUCAUUAUUAUAAGGGUGAUUUCUUGGAAGAGCUGCCUGGUCUCGUGGAUUUCACUGUCCUCUUGAACCUCAGUGCUAAGCAAAGAGUGUAUGUUCAAAAACUUGCCAAGUUUGAGAAGUUCAAAAGAACCUCUAUGGGUAGUGCUGUCUAUAUGCAUCCUCACUUGUAUGACACAGCAGAAAAGGCUUCUGGGGACAGGGUCGCAUUUUUCAACGAUGAUAAGAUCGAUAGCUUGUUAGAAUCUCUUAAUAUCAGAGAUGGGGUUAAAACAAAAUUUUUCCUCAACAUUUUGUCUCUGGCUGAAUCCGCUGGAGAGAAACUACUUGCCUUCAGUCAAUACAUUCUACCUCUAAAAUUUUUGGAAAGGCUAAUAGUUAAAACCAAGGGUUGGCAUUUAGGAAAAGAAAUUUUUAUGAUAUCUGGUGAUUCGACUUCUGAGCAAAGAGAGUGGUCGAUGGAGCAAUUUAACAACUCCCCUGAUGCUAAGGUUUUCUUUGGUUCAAUCAAGGCUUGUGGGGAAGGCAUCUCACUUGUAGGUGCAUCUAGAGUUGUCAUCUUGGAUGUUCACUUUAAUCCAUCUGUCACCCGCCAAGCUAUUGGGCGUGCAUUUCGGCCUGGCCAGCUGAAGAAAGUAUAUAUUUACAGGUUAGUUGCAGCUGAUUCUCCGGAGGAGGAAUUUCAUUAUACCUCCUUUAGCAAGGAGUUCAUCUCAAAGAUGUGGUUCGAGUGGAGUGAGUAUUGUGGCCAUCAGAACUUUGAGUUAGACGAGGUUGAUUUGGCUAGCUGUGAAGAUUUGUUCUUGGAAAGUCCUAUCAUAGGAGAAGAUAUCAAGGCGGUGUACAGAAGGUGAUUCUUUGGCUGAUGCGUGGGAGAGCAUACGACAGAUUGUAGGAUCUUCAGAUGGUCUUCAUGGUACUUACUGGUCGCAUUAUGAACUCUCCCUUUUCAAGAUACAUGUAAAAGUUUGACUUGUUGGCUGUUUGAAUCGACUGCAAAGCUACUAGAGAGAUGAUCGUUGCUGGCGUUCUACUUCUCUUGAUGAUGUGUAAAAAAGAUGUGUUCAUGGUUGCUGAUAUCUGUUUUGUUCUUGUUGGUGACUGUUUGUCAUCGAGAUGCAUUAAUACUAUCUACCAUUUUGUUGAGUGUGCUGUUGAGCUCGCACUGUAGAUGUUUUGGGAUCAAUAGCCCCUCUAAAUGCAAGACGUGUAUAUAAAAUGACUUGUCAAUGGCUAAUGCCAAAUAUUUUGAUACAAUAUCGCCAUCUACAAGUUAAUACUGUCUGAUGUUAAGUCGAAUAUAUAUAUCCUUUUGGUCUA